AGAGCUGAGGAGGCAGGAGCCAGGGCCAGGAUAUUCGCCCUUCUUUGCACCCUAACAGGAUACCAGCAGGAUAUCACCUGCAAUUCAUCUCUAAGGGAUGAACAAUCAAUACAUCCGCCGGGAAGUCUUCUGCUGUGAGACCUGUGAUGAACUCAAAAGCUUCUGGGAAAAGGAAAUUAGCAAGCAGACUUGUUACCGAGAACUGGAGGAGGAUCGCCAGGAGAGAAGUGCCCUGAGAAAGCUGCGAGAAGAAUGGAAGCAGAGACUGGAGAAGAGGCUGAGGAUGCUGGACAAUCCCGAUGACAAGGGGAAGCAGGUGAACCCCUCGGACUGAGAGCUUCUGGCAAGCCACCAAGGGCAUUUUCCAGGAGAAAAAAUUUUAAAAAUAUAUGUCGACUUACUAAGCAGGACAUUCCCCGCUUACUCUCCCAUUUGAGAUGGGAUUUACAUGUGAAGCCUCCCCCAGUGCUAAUGGGAGCUGUUAUCCAACUCAAUCCUGUGCAAACAGAGAACAGGGUGACCCUGGAUUAGUAUAAAAAGCUCUUGGAGUUCUCACCCCCUCCCCCCAGUUUUCAAAGACUCCAGUUUUCAAAGACCCACAAUCUGGUUCCCCAUUCUCCCUCUUUGAAAUCUGAGUGUUUUCUCCGAGCUUACUUAAGGCAACGUCUUUGAUGGAAUCUGGCUUCCUCACAUCCAGAAAUUGGUCACAAAUCCUGAUCCCUUUCCCCCUUUCUUGUGCAUAC